CUUGUAAUCGGUGCAUCCAGGGGAAUCGGUCGUCAAAUAGCCAUCGACCUGGCCAAAGAUGGAUAUGCGGACCUAUUCCCGCCUGGACGCGCUAGUCUACAACUCGGGCGCCGUCUGGUGGGCGCCUGUGGCGUCGACGCCCAUGAAGCGGUUCCAGCUGAUGCAGCGCGUCAAUGUCGAAGGGCUAUACGGGGCCGUGCAGGUGGCCCUGCCCCAUCUCAAGAAGCGCAAUAAGCCGGGAGGAGGGCGGAUCAUUGUCGUCAGCCCGCCCAUCUACAGCCGCUUUUUUCGCGGCAAGACGGCGUAUGCCGUAGGCAAGGUCGGCAUGAGUGUCUUGACGAAAGGGCUCGGCAUGGAUUUUGAGCGGGAGGGUUUGGUGGAGGAAAAGGGGAUGGCUGUUACGAGUGUUUGGCCGGCGGCGGCUAUUGAAUCGGCAGCCACCGAGCAGUUCACUCGUAAGGACCGGGCAUACGCGAGAGACUUGCGCAAGCCGACCAUCUUGUCAGAUGCGAUCAUCGCUAUGCUGAAGGCGCCCGCGGCGGUAGUAAAUGGACAGCUUGAGUUAGAUGAGGACUUUUUGAGAAAACACGGCGGGAUAACGGACUUUUCCAGAUAUGCCGUUGUUCCAGGGGCCUCUCCAAGGAGGAUCAUGCCCGCUGCACUCCCGGACUUGACUGUGAAGGAGCAGGAUGACGAGGGGAUGAGGGUGGACAGCUCAAAGCUCUGACUGUAUGCAUUAAAUGUUCGCUGCGGAAAGGGGUGAUUUUAGCGACCUUAACACUGUUCUUCCUGGACGGCUCCUUUAAGUGUACAAUACAACUCUGCGAAACAA